AGUACGGAAAAUGGGAUGUAAGACGAGAAGCAACCCAGUUGAAACACGUACCUCCCUUUAUUGCCGUAAUUGUCAGUGUAUUUUCCCUUCCCUUUCAUGUGGUCUAUUCAUGACAUGUUUCUUCGUGGGUGGACUAUAUAAACGUGUUUAUUUCUGUUCCUCAUUCUUCUGUAUUCCGCAGGAGCUCUGUGAUAAACAACCCGCGCAAUGCUCUGACGGUUCUUCUCCGCGAGUCGUGGCUGAUAGUGAUAUAAAGGAAGCGUUCCCUUCGCGCACGGGUCUCCCAUUUCUUUUUUUUUUUCUCUCUGAAACCCUCUUUUGCGCCAAAUUUUGUUGUGCUCUUUUUACUCUCUUGGUGAAAGAUGUGUCGUUUUUCCUCGAUUUGGAUAAAUACAUCCGUGUUGCAUCUGAUGUUGUGUGUCGGUUACGCGGUUGGUCUGUACGAAACAGCGCCGCACAUUAUCGUGUUUAUGGCUGACGAUCUGGGGUGGAACGACGUUGGUUUUCAUGGAUCGAAUCAGAUACCAACGCCAAACAUUGAUGCUCUUGGAUACAAUGGGAUCAUAUUGAACAGGCACUAUGUAUUGCCAUCUAGCACACCAUCCAGGACAGCAUUCUAUACUGGACAAUACCCGAUACGUAUUGGCAUGCAAGGGGAUGGAAUCCGUGGUGGUGAACCACGUGGUCUGCCGUUGAAUAUAAAAAUCUUACCGGAAUACUUGCGAGGACUGGGGUACACUACCAAGUUAAUUGGAAAGUGGCACAUGGGUUAUCAUACACCUCAGCAUACACCAAUGCAUAGAGGUUUCGAUUACUUCCUUGGAUUCUACAAUAGCCACAUCAGUUAUUAUGACUACAAAUAUUCGAUUCAGAACAUGAGCGGAUAUGACAUGCAUCGAGGAGACGAUCCAGCUUACGGAACCAAUCGUGAAUAUGCAACAGACUUAUUCACCUUAGAAGCGAUUAAAAUUAUCGAGAAUCACGAGCUCCCUAGACCCCUUUACCUUCAGAUAUCGCAUCUCGCAGUCCACGCACCUUUGGAAUAUCGUACGGAUCGAUACAACCAUAGGGGAUUCGCUGAAAUUCGCGAGCCAAAUCGUCGCAAGUACGCUGAAAUGGUGAUGGGACUGGACGAUUCGCUUGGACGAAUAUUUCACGUGCUAGGUGAGAGAGCAAUGCUCAGAGACUCUUUGAUAUUGUUUCUCACCGAUAACGGAGCAGCAACCAUUGGUAAAUUCAGAAACUGGGGCUCAAACUAUCCCUUGAGAGGGGUAAGAUCACGGCAUAAAGUCGGCAAAUCUCGACGAGAAUUUGAAAUAAUUUUGAUCUCGCCCAAAUCUUGGCAUGCUAAAUCUCGAUAUCGAUCUCGAAUGUUACAAGUAAUCUCGAUUUAUAAUCGCAUCUCGAAAUCAAGACGAGAUCGAGAUUUAUCUAGCAUCACUACAACGACAUACUGUAUUAAAACCUUGACGUGUCUUUUAAUUGAGAAAUAUCAGAUUGCACGAGACCUAGACUCUUACCUGGAACAUUAUGGACGAAUCUUAGUAAGACAAACGAAAUUGCCUAUCGACUGGUACGCUGAUCCAAGGAGGAGAAACAACACUUGGGAACCAUGGAUGAACUCGGGAGCUAUGCCUAAGAUACCUAACACCGCAGCAGUGUUUGGACACUUGGUGUACUGUAUCCACGUUACGAUCAUUUUUAUUUACAUGUUUCUGAAUACACUACUUUGAUCGUGUAACAUUCAUUUAAAUUAUGUACACUGUCGGUCAUAAGUAUUAGAGCACCUACAGUAUGUGAAUUAAUUGUAAGAAAAAGUCACUCCAUAUUCUUUAGUGUAAUAAUAUUAAUAAUUUAUUAAUUUUCAGUCCGGUUAGAUCUUCUAAUUCCUUCAAAUAGCCUUUAGUCCGUUGUCGUGCAUAAAUAGUUCCAACGAAACGAAACUCUAACAAACGAGUACAAAUAUUCGAAC